AUGCCGGAGCUGAACUGCUCUCUUGCAGCCCUUUUCACAUCUGGUGCCACAGUUUUCGAUGGUGUAGGCUGCCCCGAGGCUGCUGUGGUGUGUGGGAUGAAUAUGUCCUGGGUGUUGGCUAACGCUACUGCACAAGAUCUGGAUGACAUGUGCUUGAGCGAGGACGAGUACCUGGCCAGGUUUCUGGGGCCUCGGAGGUCCCCGGUGUUCCUUCCUGUUUGUGUCACCUACCUCGCCAUCUUCUUGGUGGGCGUGCUGGGGAAUUCCCUUACCUGCGUGGUCAUUUUGCGCUACAGGGUGAUGCAGACCCCCACCAACUACUAUCUGCUGAGCCUUGCUGUGUCUGACCUGCUGGUGCUGCUGCUGGGCAUGCCGUUAGAGCUGUACGACAUGUGGGAGAACUACCCCUUCCUGCUCGGGGAAGGGGGCUGCUACUUCAAAACCUUCCUGUUUGAGACCGUCUGCUUCGCCUCCAUCCUCAAUGUCACAGCGCUCAGCGUGGAGCGCUAUGUGGCGGUGGUGAGCCCCCUCAAAGUCAAACACAUGACCACACGUGCACAUGUCAAGAGGGUCAUCUUCAUCCUGUGGACGCUGUCCAUGCUGUGUGCUGUGCCAAACACCAGCCUGCAUGGGAUAGAGGAGCUACCGCCCAGGUUUGGACGGCAGUUUCCCCGAUCUGCAAUCUGCUAUGUGGUCAAGCCCACCUGGAUGUACAACCUGAUCAUCCUGGUUUCCACGUUGGUCUUCUUCCUGCUUCCCAUGAUGAUAAUUAGCGUUCUCUACCUGCUCAUUGGCCUGCGGCUGCGCACGGAGAGGUCGAUGACCGUGGUGGACGCCAGGUGUAGCUUUGGACCAGAAAGUCUCUCCAGGUCCCACAAGGAGAAGCUAAGCAAACGCAACCUGCAAGUCACCAAAAUGCUCUGUGUGCUGGUGGUUGUCUUCGGCCUUUGCUGGGCUCCUUUCCACGUGGACCGCUUGAUGUGGAGCUACAUCGACGCCUCGUCCGAGCAGCACCAGCAGGUCUUCGAGCACGUCCACAUCGUCUCUGGCGUCUGCUUCUACCUGAGCUCUGCCAUCAACCCCAUCCUCUACAACCUCAUGUCCACCAGGUUCAGAGAAAUGUUCAGUCACAUCACCUGUGAUUCUAAAAGCUGGCAAAGACGCUCCAGCUUACAACUGACCCAACGCAGCACCCUGAGCGAGAAAACACCAAACGGUGCAAAAUGGGCUUAA